GUAUUUCAAUGGGGCCUCUCAGAUAUUCAACAUGUCGCGAUUCGCUUGAUUAGAUUAGGGCAGGUCUGCGUUAUAUUAUCCCUAUGUUAUCGUUAUUCCUCGACUCUCGGUUAUUUAUUAGCGGUUGUCACCUACAUAAUCAACGAAAAUACGUAGGGAUCCACCGAGCCGCAGUGACUUCUCUCGGGAUGCGGCGAACAUAACCCCGCGACUAUGAGAAUCUUCAGGCCCGACGCUGAUCUCAUUUUCGAAAGUAGCACCGUGUCGUCGUAAACGUAGGUAAACAACACUACUUCCACAGUUUAAAGGCCGAGCCUCCAGUAUGGGACUAUUAUUCUCGAGAUUGUGGAGUUUUUUCGGAAACGAAGAACAUAAGAUAGUUAUGGUCGGCCUCGAUAAUGCAGGAAAAACGACGAUCCUGUAUCAGUUUUUAAUGAACGAGGUUGUCCACACGUCACCUACUAUUGGAUCUAACGUCGAAGAAGUGGUGUGGAAAAAUAUCCACUUUAUAAUGUGGGAUUUGGGUGGACAGCAGAGCUUACGAGCUGCGUGGUCCACUUAUUACACCAACACUGAAUUCAUCAUCAUGGUCAUAGAUAGCACUGAUAGAGAAAGAUUAGGAGUAAUCAGAGAAGAACUGUACUCCAUGUUAAACCACGAAGAACUAAGUAAAGCCAACGUUCUAGUCUAUGCUAACAAGCAAGAUUUAAAGGGCAGUAUGACGGCUGCCGAGAUUUCGAGGCAGCUAGACUUGACGUCAAUUAAGAAACAUCAGUGGCAUAUACAAAGCUGUUGUGCAUUAACCGGUGAAGGACUAUAUCAAGGAUUAGAGUGGAUCGUGGGCCGGUUAAAAAAGACAUGACGUAGAUUAUGAGAAUCGAAGACAGCUCUAACAGAGUAUUUGAUAUGUAAAUUAUGUAACGGGUGUAGGUACCGUGUCACUUUGACGGUUGUACAAAUUAACAUAAAGAGGCAUAAGAUUUCCCUAUCAAUUUAGCAAAAUUCAGUAUAACCCUCAAAGUGUAGUCUCGUAAAAAAUCAUGCGAUGCUGAAUAUCGUUUUACAGUAACAUGGUGGACGGGAACGUUUUUUGUUAUCAGACAUAACGACGUCAAACGAAUUCAGAUCAUCCAUCGAAUAAGCUUAAGGUGCAUGUAAUUGUGCAAUGUUUUCUCGGAACGUGCUCAAAGUUUAAUACUAGUAUUUUGCUACAAAAAGGUUAUCCAUAUUGGUUCGCUCCUACUUCUACCUUAUAUUCCACGUUAAUCUGUAAAUUAAGCUAAAGCUAAUGGAUCGUUGAAUUUGCAAAGCCAUUCGACGGAUACGCUUUCAUGAAUGAAGUACCAUCCGAUUGUCACUUUGAAAGAGUGUAAAAGUCUUGUAGUAAUGUUUACAUAAGAGAUCUGCAACCUGUAAAAAAUCUCGUCCACCUUUGUAAUGUAACAAAUCUUAAGACCGUCGAAUUAAAUUAAUCGUUAAUUCUAUGUGCGUAAUGAUAAGUCGUUCGGCUUGUUGCGAAACUAUAACGAUACAUAUAUGCCGUGUAUAUAGUUUUUAUACUUCCUAAUUGACAGCGAUCCAUUGUAAAGAGCGAACUCGCAUGUAGCAUUGGGAUAGGCUCAGAUUUUUAAAGUCCCUACAUAAGAACGUAAGCAGAUUCAUUAGCAUUCGGUACGUGCAAACAUCUUAUAAGACUUCACCGCGAGGUUACUCAACAAGCCUAACUGUAAACUUGUAAACGGAAUGCAGACUACUCUGUGAUACAAUGUGGAUUUAACAAUGAGACAGUUGUUUGCUCUAGAAUAACGUAAGGGAUGAGGGAACUUUAAAGUGGACAUGUAUUUACGAUGUACACUCGUUUAUUCCACGUCGAAUGACUUUCGCGAUCUGUAAUUUAUAUUUUUUAACGGCAACUGCACUAUUAAGUAGUUCCGUAAGCUCACGGACAAAUUUGCAAACGCUUAGAAAAUGUAACUUCAUUGCAACGAAGUGAGCCACGUGUUAAUUAUUCAUUAUUGUUAAUUUAUUCGUCGGCACGGAUGUCUCGGUAGUUUUGUUUAAGCAUGCAAUUAUCUUUCAUGAAAAUUCCCAGCAAGAAAAAUUUGUCCUCGAAUUUAUGGCACGACCCAAUACAUCAUACUUUCCAUAAGUUUAUAGACAAAUUUGUAAACGGCUUAAAAAUGUAUUUUCUUUGCAAAGAAACUAAUCACGUGUUAAUUAACAAUGUAUUCUUCGACACUCUUGAUAAUUUCUCGGUAGAUUUUUGUUUUCUAAGCAUGCAUUUAUCCAACGAAAGUUUGCUCUAAGAAAAAUUUGUCCCAGAAUUUAUGGAAUAACUCAAUAUAUCAUUUGUUUUUCGUUUGGCAUUUUUUGCGAUGUAAAGACAAAGGAAGGAAUGAGGUUAAGAGCAUGAUUACAGUCAGGCUCGUAUCGUUUUAGGUGCACGAUUAAUUAAUGGUAAUUAAAUCGAGUGACAGCUGUCUCGUCCCUUUCAUUCGAGCUGUACAUGUAUAACGAUUAAUUUCUAUGUAGCUAGAGAAAUAAUCUCCGUUAGGUAAUUUUAACUGAUAUAACAUAAAAUCGUAAUCAAGACGGUCGAGCAUUAUCGAAUGUAAACGAAAAUCCAUCUUAGCGAUCAUUAGAGGUACUCUGCGAGCGAGGAGGGUAAAUAGCGUCCAGGUUUAAGAGUGAGACGAACGUUUAGGAGUUUUAACACGGGAAGAGGGACGUUGGUUUUUUUCUCAUAUUGAGAAGAUCUCUUCGAGGUGGACACCUAGAGGUACUUUGUUCUUUGCCGAGGUUCGCUCAAUCGUCCGGUCAUCUCUUGCGAGCGAUUUGUAGGCAAAUUAUCGAACUGGAAAUGUACACUUUGAUCAAUCCUUUUUUUCUCUCCCCCUUUUUUGUUCGUUUUUUCUUUUAUUUUUUUUUUUUAACGUAUACUUGUUAUGGCGUACCGAUUACGAGAUGUAGAACAAAAGGCCGACAUUCGACGAGUAUAUGCGCUAAUUGGAGACGAUGCGUUCUAUAUAAAUUUGUUAAAUGAUUUGAAGUUUGACAUUCUGAAAUAUAAGUCGAAGAGGAUUCCA